AUGGUUAGUCCUAUGGUCGUCGCCCUGUUGGCUGUGGUUGCCAGUGUCAGUGCCAAGCCAGGUGGUCUGCUGCCUGCCGCUCCGUUUGCCUAUACUGCUGCGGCUCCUCUCGCCUACUCAGCACCGUUGGCCGUCGCUCCAGCAGCUGUUCCUGCCCUCGCGUACACUGCUGGGUACGCUAAUGUGGGAGAUUCGGCCGUUGUCACAUCGCACAGCUCGCAGGUCAUUAAUCCGGCCUAUGCCGCCUAUACGGCCGCACCUUACGUGUCCGCUUAUGCGGCGGCUCCCGCUCUGGCUUCUCCAUUUGCCUACAGUGCACCUCUUGCCGCUAAAUAUUUUGGUCAGAAUAUCACAAUAAUGAAAAUGUCGAUCAUCCCGAUAUUCUUCCGCAACUGGUGGGACGACGAGUGGGACCGUCCACUGUGGAGUUCUCGCCUGCUGGACCAGCACUUCGGCAGUGGCGUCAGGGCAGACGAUCUUCUCAACGCUCUGGUGUCGGUGCCCGACCGGCGACUUCAGCCACAGUGCCAACAGCAGACCCGUCGUUACAACCGCCCAUGGCACAGCUCCUGCGUGGCCAGCAAACGAGACACCGGAUCAACGGUGAACGUCACCAACGACAAGUUCCAGAUCAGCCUGGAUGUGCAGCAGUUCACGCCGGAGGAGAUCUCGGUGAAGUACGUGGACGGUUCGGUCGUGGUAGAGGGCAAACACGAGGAGAAACAGGACGAACAUGGCUACAUCUCGAGACACUUUGUGCGGCGCUACAUGCUUCCCAAAGGCCACUCUGAGGCGGACAUCACUUCGGCGCUCUCGUCGGACGGCAUCCUUACCAUCGCCUGUCCCCGGAAGGAGAUCGAGCAGAAAAAGCCGGAGCGCAGCAUUCCCAUCACACACACGGGACAGCCCAUGAAGCAAGUCGCCGAAAAUGCUUCCCAGCAGAAUGGCCAAAGCAAGAAGGAAGGGGAGACUAUGGAAUCAUAA